UAAACGUCUUAUUUUUAAAAGUGUUAAAUCUGUUAUAUCUAUUUCACUGUUUCUUUAAUAAUUGUAAUUUGUGAAAUAAACAUUUCCAUUCGAAAAAUUUCCUUUCCGUGUAACAUUUUGGUGGCAGCGGUUGGAUACGCAAUUCUCCUACUCGAAUACAGCUCCGAAGUUCUAUUGUGUGAAACUGUGAAGUGAAUUCUAUAUGUUCUGUAUCUAUAUAAUACAAAAGGCCUGUAUUUAAAUGUAUUUAAAUACAUAUGUGAUACAUUUUUAAGUGCAAUAUGUUCCUCGGCGUAAUUGCAGUCAUCGUUGCCCUGUCAGUCUUAAACCAAUGACUUUCUAUCUUAAGCACAUUCACUGUCUAAAAAUAAGCUGGUAACCAAAAACUUUUUAAGGCGAAUUUAGAUUAAGCGUGGUGGGAUGUGAGGAGCGAGCGGCAGCAGCAUGGGCGGCGUGCGGCUCGAGCGCCACGGACGAGCGGCGCUCGUCGCUCUCUCGGUGAUGUUGGCGAUCAUAAGAGCUGCGGCAGACCCGGACACCACCACUGUUACCACGACCACUACUUUUGAUCCCUCGAAGCGUGGCAAGAUGAUGUACGGCGACACGUGUUCCACAGUCAUUGACUGUGGCUACCCGGACUCAGUCUGUGAUGACGUGCACAAGAUCUGUCGCUGUCAUCCAGACGUUCCUGUCACCAACCACGUCGACAAAUGUGGCAAACCUGCUGGCAUCAACGAGACCUGUUCAUUCAACGAGCAAUGUGAAGAUGUCGUUUUCAAAACUGAAUGUAGGAACGAGAGAUGUACGUGCAUGUAUGACCUGAUAGCUGAGGUGUCUGUAGACGGAGGGAUUGUAUGUAACCCGGAAAAAGAGAUAGAGAUAUCGACAAAGACUCUGGACCCGGCAAUGAUUGGUGUACUCGUCGGCAUGGCCCUUAUGUUCGUCAUUAUUUGCGUUGUUCUGCGUCUGUUCAGCAAAGCCAGAUGGAGGGAAAAUCGGACUAUAUUCAACACGCCAAAUCCACGUCUGAUGAACGUUUCUCUCUUACGAGAUUCUAAACUGCUUCAUUCACAGGAUCGUCGUGGUUCUCGUGUCAGCGUACGUCCUCCUUCGAGACAAGCCAGCCAGCAGGAACUCAGACCACAUUCACCAAGUCCAGCACGCCCUCACCAAAGCCAUCAGCUUCACCGAAAACACUCAGGAUCUCGACGUGGUUCCAAAGCAAGUAGCGGUCAUUCAGGAACUUCUUUAAGGUCAGCUACAUUGAGAUCUCCAAAUGCACCCGGACCCACUUCAGUGACAGUUGAAAUUCGUCCACCAGAUGCUUAAUAAUAUACAGUACUGUAGGAAACGUAAUAAAGCGAAAAGAUAUGAUGCAUUAGAGUACAAAUAAAGUUGGUGGUUCAUUCAAAUAUUUAAAUAAUUUGUGAUAAAAAUAUUCAUACGCUACUAUUUAUAUUAAGCUUAACAUAGAUUUACUAAUAAAAUUUGCUAGUUUCAUAGCAAUAAUUGAAUGCACUGAUUUAUCUAGCAUCAUAGCAAGCUCAGAAGUGCCUCUUAACGAAAAGCUUAUUAACUAUCUUGAUUAAAUAACGUAUAACUUUACUGAAUAAGAUGUAACUCAAUAAAUAUAUACACAUAAAUUUAAAAACAAAAUCAUAAAUAUUAUUAUAAAAGUUUAAACACUUUAAUAAAUGGUAGAGCACAAAAUUUAUACUAAAUUACUAUAGACUUAGAAGACGAGUGAAAUUUUUAGCUUAUUUAGCAUUAAUAGUCGCUUUUUGGCAGUUAUGUAGUUCAUAUAGUUUUAAAUAAGUCGUUUACUAUAUUUUAAGAUAUUAUCUGUUAAGAAUUAUUGAUAUGAUUAUAAUUUCAUGUAUGUGAAUGCUACUCAUUUUGUUAUAUUUCUCUUGUGCACAUAUUCUUAUAUAAUAUUAAAAAUUAAAAGACAUAAAACGAAUAUAAUAUAGGGACCAUUUCCUCAUAUGGGAGUGAUCAUAAUUCAAUCGAAUGAUAUAAUAUAAGCGGAAAGCUUGGCUGCUUUCAUAGAUUUUUCUAGAAUUAGGUUUACUUUACUUCAUACUUAAGAAAAAUAGUCCUUUAGUCUUCUAGCUUAAGUAAUGAAUAAAUAAUUGUAACAUGUGUAAAAUUGGGGAAAUUUACACAUAUUAGUUUAGGCUUUGUUGCACUUUUGGAGCUUAGACAUAAGAUCGCAAGGGCACAAGCAAAUAAAAAACGAAAAUAGCAAUAAUUUUUAAUUAUAUAGAAUUACUGAUCUUGUACUGAAGUAUCAAAAUCAUUGUCAUCGUACAAAUGAUAUAGCAAUUAAGGGGAAGAAUUGAUAUAUUAUUCGUACGUUAUAACCUUCAUAAGUCAUUUCGUCAAUAUAUCUUUAUAUGCUCACAGAUUAUUACAUUAUACUUUGAACACGAUGCUAGGUAUAUCUAAUACAAUGCUAUAAUUUAAUAAUAUAAACUUUUACUAUACUUCUGACAA